GCCGCUUCCCCGGGAAGCAAACAUGUCACGAGGUAAGGCGCCGCAGCAGAUGCCCGGAAGAAAUUAAUGUGCCUGACUCUUUUCAACCGACCAUUUACCGACAGAGUCCAAACAAGUAAUUCCCCUCACCCACCAUAGGAGAAACUUGCAAUCAGCGUAGAAUUAGGCCUGUAUCCUUCCUUCUCCCAAGUCUUGUCUGGAAUCAGGUGAUUAUUCGGCUUAUUCAAACAUGGCUGUCCUUCGAAAGGUGGUCCAAGUUGGGGCUACAGGCAAUCUGGGUGCUGCUGUCCUGGAGAGUCUCAUUUCAACGCCCUCGCUCGAAGUGACUGUCCUGUCGCGGGAAGGAAGUUCAUCUCGUCCAGUCCGGCCUGAGGAGGUCAACGUGAUCACUGCGGAUUAUGGCAGUGUAGACUCACUUUCAGCUGCUUUUCAAGGUGCUGACGUGGUCGUUGUCACCGUUGGCGCUUCCGGCCUCGCUUCCCAGGCCAGGAUGAUUGAAGCAGCCAUUCGCGCCAGAGUGAGGCGAUUUAUUCCGUCGGAAUUUGGGGCAGACACCCUGCAUGAGAAAGCCAGGGGCUUGCCGGUAUACCGGGCCAAGGUCGAAACCUUGAAUCUACUCAAGGCAAAGGCUGCAGAAGGGCUGAUUGAAUGGACCGCGGUAUUUGGAGGUCCUUUUUUAGACUGGGGUCUUAGCAGAGGUCUCUUUGGCUUCGAACCAGCUGCAGCAGAUGCCACAUUUUUCGACGGUGGUUCAACCCAGGUUUCAACCUCCAGAUUGACUGACAUCGGUCAGGCUAUCAUUGGCAUCCUUCAAAAUCCCUCCAAAACAGCCAAUAUACCCAUAUACAUCCAAUCGACCUGCACGAGUCAAAAGCAGCUCUUGGAGCUCGCUGAGCGUACGUUGGGCAAGAAGUAUAAGGUGACUAAUGUCAGCACCGAACAGAUGGAGAAAGCGGCUUUAGAGAAAAUGAAGCAAGGUGACAUGUCAGGCAUGAGGGCAUUUUUGGUUCGGGCCAUUUUUGCUCCCGACUACGGCUGCAAUUUCACCGCUCGACUAGCAAACGAUCUAGUCGGGGUGAAAGAGCUCAGUCCGACUGACCUGGCUGCGCUCGUAGAUGAGACCCUUCGACAGACAGGUCAGAGCUGAGAGCGAAAUGAAUAGAAUGCUCGAAGGGACUUUUGGGAACUUUGAACAUAGAUGAACUCUUACACUCCCUUAUACCGUUUGGACGAUCUUCGGAUAUCUUUGAGGAAGUU